GUACUAUUAGUAUUGUCUUUCACUAGUAGAGAUGGAGCAAGGAGGAGAAGAGAAGAUGAAGAGAGGUGAACAAGCAAGGGAUGAGGUUGAUGAGGAUAAAUGGGUUUAUGAUUCAUCUGUUGAUUAUAAAGGAAGGAUUCCUCUCCGAGCUUCCACUGGUGUAUGGAAAGCUUCCCUCUUCAUUAUUGCAAUUGAGUUCAGUGAGAGGUUGAGCUAUUUCGGAAUAGCAACAAAUCUCAUCACAUACCUCACCAGAGUGCUCCAUCAAGACCUUACCAUGGCAGCCAAGAAUGUAAACUACUGGGCAGGAGUAACAACCAUGAUGCCACUUAUUGGAGGGUUCCUCGCAGACUCCUAUUUGGGAAGGUUCCGUGCGGUCCUGUUCUCCUCUUUUAUCUAUCUCUCGGGGCUGAGCCUAUUAACAAUGUCGGAAUUAAUACCAAGCUUGAGGCCUUGCUAUAUGGAGAAGUACUGCACCAAGUCUACAAAGAUUCACGAGAUCAUAUUCUUCCUCUCUAUGUACUUAAUCUCAUUAGGAACAGGAGGUCACAAGCCCUCUCUAGAGAGCUUCGGAGGUGACCAGUUUGAUGAUGACCAUUCCCAAGAAAGAAAGAAGAAGAUGUCUUACUUUAACUGGUGGAAUUUCGGUCUCUGUUGUGGUCUUCUCUUUGGUGUAACCGUUAUAGUCUACGUGCAAGAUUAUAUCAGUUGGGGUAUUGCAGAUAUCAUCCUUACUGUGGUUUUGGCCAUUACUAUUGUAAUCUUCUGUGUUGGAAGGCCAUUUUACCGAUUUAGGGUGUCAGAAGGGAGCCCUUUAACACCCAUGUUGCAGGUUUUGAUUGCAGCUAUAAGAAAGAGAAAUCUUCCUUAUCCUUCUGAUUCUUCUCAAUUAUAUGAAGUUCCCAAGACACACAAGUCCCAAGGAAGGCUUUUAUGCCAUACACCUAAGCUCAAGUUGUUGGACAAAGCUGCAAUCAUUGAAGAUGAAGAUAUUGGUAACCAGAGUCCAUGGCGAUUAGCUACAGUAACCAGAGUGGAAGAGAUGAAGCUUGUUCUUAACAUGUUUCCUAUUUGGGCAUCUUCCAUGGCAUUUGGAACAUGUGUAGCUCAAACCACCACUUUUUUCAUCAAACAAGCCAGUAACAUGGACAGACGUAUAAGCCAUGAUUUUGAGAUCCCACCAGCUUCAAUCUAUUCUCUUGCUGCAAUUGGAAUGAUAGUUUCUGUUGUCAUCUAUGACAAGAUCUUAGAACCUGUACUGCGAAAAGUUAAGGGCAGUGAAAGAGGCAUUAAGAUCCUACAGAGGAUUGGUAUUGGAAUGAUAUUCUCAAGUCUAACCAUGGUUACUGCUGCCUUGGUGGAAAGAAAAAGACUUAAGGUAGUCGAGAGGCUUGCCACUGCCAGCGACAGCGGCGGCAUGGUCGGUGUCCAUCCAAUGAGUGUGUUCUGGUUAACUCCACAAUUCUUUAUCAUUGGUUUUGGGGAUGGGUUUACUUUGGUAGGUUUGCAAGAGUACUUCUAUGACCAAGUUCCUGAUUCCAUGAGAAGCUUAGGGAUAGCUUUAUACCUCAGUGUGUUAGGCCUUGGGAAUUUCCUUAGCAGUAUAUUGAUAACCAUUGUUGAACAUGUGACAGAGAGAAGUGGGAGAAAUUGGUUUGGUAAAGACUUGAACAGCAGUCGCUUGGACAAUUUUUAUUGGUUGUUGGCAGCCAUGAAUGCGGUGAACUUGUGCGUAUAUGUGUUCUUAGCUAGAAGGUAUUCUUACAAAAAUGUGCAGAGAAGGGUGGCUAUUGCUGACUGUUAUGAGAAAGAUGGAGCAGAAUUCAUUGCCUGAGAUUAAAUAUAUGACUGUAAGGAGUGUUAUAGCUUUUCUAGCUAGGUUGGUUCUUCUGGGUUUUAUAGUGCAAUCUGUAAAUGAAGAAUUUGAUCUUUAGUAGAAAAAAAAGGGGAUAUGGUUGUAUUUCUCUCCAUGGCUGCCUACAUGGGAAGCACUGCAUGGUUCCAA